AUGAAUCCCCUUCGGUACCUUGCCCCUCCGCGGCCGUUCACGGGGAUUUCCAGCUCCACCACCAGCGAAGAACUGGAGGAACGGAUCAACUUUGCGGAUUCAAUAAGGCUCCAUCUGCGUCUGAAUGCACCGGAGUCAUGUUACAGGUCGCUCCAGGCGUACACCAAAGCCUGCCAGACUCUCAUGGAGCGACCAAGUGCCGCCCAGAACACACAAGCACGGGAGAGUGCCGUCGCAGAAAUCAACAACUUCGAAAAAUCAAUAGAGAGCAAGGGACCCGCCCGUCUGUGCUUCGAUUUGGCCACCAAGACCAAAAUGGGCGAAGAACUCGACAACUUGCACGACAUGUGGGCUUUUGCGCGCUAUGAAAAGUACCUCCCGGCCAGCGUCAAGGAGGAUGCCCCGUCCCAUCCCUCGGCCAAGGCUGCCGAUCCAUGGCACAAGGCUUUCUGGAAGCCGUUCAACGGACGUCUCGAGGCCGAGGCCGAGGCAUUCAACAAGGUGAUUUUUGGCCAGAAUGCCUUCAGCGAAUGUCCGACGUACCUCCUGCUGGCGCUGCUGUGCGAUCAGCACACGGUCGACUGGGACGAGACCCUCGAGCUUAUUCAGUACUGCGGCCGGGAGGGCGCCGAGCUUCCCAAGGCCGAUUUUACUGACUAUCUGACGGCGCGCGAUGUGGCUGGGCUAGCGACGAGACUGGAUCGCGACGAGAACAGUAUCUCCUUGUCGACGGAGUAUGUCAUGGGAGUGGGCACGAUGCUGCUCGCCUACUUCCGGAUGCAUCUUCCCGAAGCUCUGUUUGAAGUCGACGGGGCCGAUGUAACUGAGUGGAAGCCCAAGCAGCGCUUGUUGGAUCUGAUGGCACUUCAGGAUGGACAUGAGCAGGCGAUGCGCGACUUGAUUCGGGACAUGUUCUACGAGAUGGUCCUCGGCGGGUCCGAUGACGAGGAAGAGGGAGAGUUUGAUGAUGAUGUGGACAUGGACGACGAGAAUGCGCUGGAGGAUUUUAGGAAUCUGGGUAUUAGAGGAUGA